CGGGCGCGGCUGACCUACCCUUGGCCUCGGGCCAGCUGCGGGAAUAAACCCCUGAGCCUCGCCCGCCACGAGCCAGUGAGGCGGUGCGCGUAGCAGGGACUGCUUCUCCGCGGACAGCGAGGGCAGCGUGUCCCGGGUCUCAGCCACAGCAUGGCUUCCAACCUGAAGUUCACCAAGGAAUUGAUCACCUUCUUAGGAAAAUCAGUGAUUGCUCUUCUGGAGACCCUGAUUUUCACCUUCAUCCCCAGACCACGGAAGAACGUUGCUGGUGAAAUCGUGCUCAUCACCGGUGCUGGGAGAGGACUGGGAAGGCUCUUGGCCCUCAGAUUUGCCCACCUCGGAUCGGUGCUGGUUCUCUGGGAUAUUAACAAGGAGGGGAAUGAGGAAACAUGCAGGAUGGCUCGGGAAGCCGGAGCCACAAGAGUCUAUGCCUACACUUGCGACUGCAGCCAAAAGGAAGAAAUAUACAGAGUGGCCGAGCAGGUUAAAAAAGAAGUUGGCGAUGUCUCCAUCCUGAUCAACAAUGCCGGAGUUGUGACAGGCAGCGAUUUCCUCAACUGCCCAGAUGACCUGAUGGAAAAGUCUUUAGAUGUGAAUUUCAAAGCACAUUUAUGGACGUAUAAAUGCUUUCUACCUGCUAUGAUAGCUAAUGAUCAUGGCCAUUUGGUUUGCAUUUCAAGUUCAGCUGGAUUAGUUGGAGUAAAUAAACUGGCAGAUUACUGUGCAAGUAAAUUUGCAGCCUAUGGACUUGCUGAAUCUGUAUUUACAGAAACAGUAGUCCAGAAACUAAAGGGGAUCAAGACCACUAUCGUGUGCCCAUUUUUUAUAAACACUGGAAUGUUUGAAGGUUGUUCUACUGUCCGUCCUUUUCUGUUACCGAUUCUGGAACCAGAAUACGUGGCUGAAAAGAUAGUCGAUGCUAUCCUGAAAGAGAAAGUGUACUUAUAUGUGCCAAGGUUUUUAUACUUCGUAAUGGUUCUUAAAAGUAUCUUGCCUGUCAAGAUAGCGUUGCUUCUGUGUGACUUUAUGGGCAUCUUUAACAUAAUGGAUGGCUUCGUUUGCAAGAACAAGAAACACUAAAGACCAGCUCCACGGCCGACACCAUCCGAUACCCAGUGGUGCAUAAUGCUUAUUUCGAUGGAGAACAGCAUUUUUGUCCAACAGGAUGUAUCUGGAAACUACAAGUACCCUUCUUUUUCUGUUAUCUAGACUCGUAUUUUCAACUGAUGCCUUUGCAAAUAAUGUUGCUAUCUGCUUUUUGGCUAGGUUAUUCUUUUUUUAAUGAAAAAAAAAUAGCCCGUUUUUGUCAAGUCUGCUUGCAACAGAUGGGAGAGAAAAAUAAUCCUCUCUCUCAUGAACUGCCCUUUACUUUGGUCACGGCGGGGGGAGGUGGCUCAAGUGAAGCAGGGAACUGGAGUGAGAGGUGAGGAGCAUGAAUGAGUACAGUAAAACCUUGCACUGCAAGUAACUUGUUCCACAAGUGUUCCACAAGAUGAGCAAACAUUCCUAAUAAGUUUUGACGUGAUAAAGGAACGAUGUCUUGCCAUACGCGUAGUACGUGACAGCGAAUGUCACGUGAUCACGACUUAGCCAAUGGUUCUUGAAAUUCGCUUUGAGGUACAAGUGCUUUCGAUUACAAGCACCCUUCCGGAACAAAUUAUGCUCGCAAACCAAGGUUUUACUGUAGAUUGCUAGAAUGCCCUCUUUACAGAGGACACAGGGCUCUGGGUUCUCUAUCACCCUGCUCUCAGCCUUGGCCUUUUUGAGCCUAUGCCACCAGGUAUAGGACAGGCCAGCCUCCCGUGUCCUUCUUCCCAACACAGUCACACCAACGCUGACUGCUUAAUGCCCUGUGUGCUCACAGACUAAGUGCCAGUGCUGCUGAGGGUACAUCAGGAGCCACUGUGUCAGGAAGCCUUCCUGCACAUUCCCUGAAUGAACUUGGGAGACAGUGACUCUAGCCCAAAGUCUACACAGGAGCACAUUUUUUUCCCUAGAAGAGAUCAAAAAAUGGUUGCUUCUGACUCUGAAAAUGACAUUUCUACUGAGCUAGUUUAACUGCUGCCUGUUAGUCCAGAAAACAUAUCCAUGUGGUUAAUUUCAAAUGUUUAAUUCAGCACUUCAGGUUGGGGUUCGUGUUGUAUUCUUCCACAGAAUGGGCAAUUCUACGCGUUGGUGUUCGUCGAUGCUGCCUUUAUCUCAAAUCUGUUGUAUUCUUGCAGCUUAAUGGCCUGGCCAACUGCUCUCAUGAUUUGGAUAUUAACUAUAAAAGCAAGGUUAAGAAAA